CCCUUGAAUUGGUCUCAACUUUUAUCCGCUUAAGUCUCUGUCUCUGGCUCCAAUAUAAUAUCCUCUCAAGUCUGAACUCAAGCUUCAUUUAUUCCUCAGCUCCCUCAAACAUAAAUUUCACUUGCUCUUUAAUUUAUCCGAUCCCCCGGAAAUGAUUAGUCUUUAUCUUGUGGUGUCCUCUAUUUAUGGAUUUGUAUGUAGCUAGCUAGCUAGGUAUCCGUUUUGUACAACUAACUUAAUUAUGUUGUAUUAUUAUUAUUGUUUCAUCGAUUUGAUGGGAUGCCCCAAUUAAGCAAAGGGGUGUCGCGUGUUGACAUCUAUAAAUCUUCAUAUAUCUGUUAGUUGUUUUGUUGUGUCAUUCAAUUCCUCCUCAUCACCUCAAUCCCACUAGCAUACCCAUAUAGCUUUCUCAUUUAUUUUCCAUCUUUUCACUCUUCUUCUUCUUGGUGUGAACAAAAAAAUGGGAGGAGGAGUAGACCCAGGAACAGAUUCAACAGCUUUCAGAGAGUGUUUAGCUUUGGCAUGGAAGAACCCUUAUGUUCUUCGCCUUGCCUUCUCUGCCGGAAUCGGUGGUCUUCUCUUUGGCUAUGAUACUGGAGUGAUAUCAGGGGCUCUUCUUUACAUUAGAGAUGACUUCAAGGCUGUUGACAGGAAAACAGUUUUGCAGGAGGCUAUAGUGAGCACAGCGGUGGCCGGAGCAAUCAUAGGCGCUGCAAUUGGCGGGUGGUUGAACGACAGAUUUGGAAGAAGGGCCGCCAUAUUGGUGGCCGACUUCCUUUUCUUCGUCGGAGCAGUGGUAAUGGCCGCCGCUCCGAGCCCUGGCCUCCUCAUCGCCGGAAGAGUUUUUGUGGGUCUGGGCGUGGGAAUGGCGUCCAUGACUUCUCCGUUGUACAUUUCCGAGGCCUCCCCUGCUAAGGUCAGGGGAGCUCUUGUCAGCACCAAUGGUUUCCUCAUCACCGGCGGCCAAUUCCUCUCCUACCUCAUCAACCUCGCCUUCACCAAGGCGCCGGGGACGUGGCGGUGGAUGCUCGGGGCGGCGGGUUUGCCGGCUCUCCUUCAGUUCAUAUUAAUGCUGCUUCUCCCGGAGUCUCCUCGCUGGCUUUACCGACAGGGGAGAGCAGAGGAAGCAGAGGCAAUCCUGAGGAAAAUAUACUCGCCGGAGGAAGUAGAACCGGAGAUUCAAGCUCUAAAGGAAUCAGUGGAGAAAGAAGCACAAGAAUCCAAGGAAUCCGAGAAAAUCAGCGUCCUUAAACUCUGCAAAAUCACAGCCAUAAGGCGUGGGCUUAUAGCCGGCGUGGGGCUUCAGAUUUUCCAGCAAUUCGUGGGCAUCAACACCGUCAUGUAUUACAGCCCCACCAUAGUUCAGCUGGCCGGCAUCGCCUCAAACCGGACGGCGCUCCUCCUUUCGCUAGUCACCGCCGGGCUCAACGCCGUCGGCUCCGUCGUCAGCAUAUAUUUCAUAGACCGGACAGGGCGGAAGAAGCUCCUGGUUUUCAGUCUGUGCGGCGUGAUUCUCUCUCUCGGGUUUUUGUCGGCGGUGUUCCACGAGGCUACCUCGCAUUCACCCAUGGUUGGCCAGACUGAGACCGCACAUUUCUCCGGAUUCACCUGCCCUGCCUAUCAUGACGCCGGAUCGUCGCCGGUUUUGGAUUGUACUGGGUGUUUGAAAGCUUCUUCUAGCUGCGGUUUCUGUGCUUCUCCUCAGAACAAGCUACUACCAGGUGCCUGUUUGAUCUCAAACGACACGGUUAAAGAUGUUUGUCAUGGAGAACAUAGACUAUGGUACACCAGGGGGUGCCCUAGUAGUUUCGGUUGGCUAGCCCUAAUCGGUCUGGCACUCUACAUCAUCUUCUUCUCCCCGGGAAUGGGCACAGUGCCGUGGAUUGUGAACUCGGAGAUAUACCCUCUAAGGUUUCGAGGAUUGUGCGGAGGCAUUGCUGCCACGGCCAACUGGGUUUCGAAUCUCAUCGUGGCCCAGUCCUUCUUGUCUCUAACCCACGCCAUUGGAACAUCAUGGACUUUCCUCGUAUUCGGUGUGCUAUCUGUUGUCGCCUUGUUCUUCGUACUGGUUUGCGUGCCGGAAACCAAGGGGCUCCCAAUCGAGGAAAUUGAGAAGAUCUUGGAGGGUAGAGCCUUGCAAUUAAGGUUUUGGAAGAAAAGGUCUCCAGGUAGCAAAGAUGGAGAAAAUGUUUGAUGAGAUAAAAGAGUUGCAACUAUUCUAUAAUAAUUAGUUUUUGGGUGUACCCAGGUUUCUAUCAUCAAACGAUUAAUUCUCUCUGAAUUAUAACACUCUUAUUGUGUAGGACAAAACAUUAUGCUAAUUGAUGUGUGUUACGUUUGUAUAUGUAAUUUAAGUUAGCAUAUGAUUAUGUUUUCCGAGUGUCCCGUCCACCUGAUUAAAAAAAAGUAGCAUAUAUUUAUGUUAGUUGUCUUGA